AGGCUUGCGAGGGCAAUAAGGAACUCGGCAGCGAUUUUGUGGAGAUCCUGAGGAAGGCGGAACAAGAAAUCUUGACAUGUCGGUCGGCCAGAGAGAAGGAAAGCAAGGACUUGCUGAAACAAAUGAAAACAGAGCGAUCGAAGGCCACAUCUCUGUUCAAAGACCUCCGCUACUUUCUGGAAGACCAAGAAAAACAAUUCCUGGCCCAGAUGGAAGAAGCAGAGGAGGAGGUUACCAGAAAAAGAGAUUCCUUCAUGGUUACCUUUUCCCAGGAACUUUCACUUUAUGAAAGGGUCAUCCAGAAGAUAAAAAACUCUCAGCAGCCUAUAGAUGAACUCAUUCAGGAUGUCUUAAACAGUUUGCAGAGGGAGGAAGGAAAUGUUGAGAAUCCUCCAGUUUUCCAACCUGCCCUAAAGUGGAAAAUUUGGGACUUCUAUGAUAUCAAUCACAUCCUUGAAGGUAUCACGGAACACUUCAAAGACACUUUGCUAUCUGGUCUUCAGCUACAGAAAGCAAACGUAACUCUGGAUUCAGAUACGGCUCAUCCCCAACUCGUCCUGUCCCAUGACUAUAAAAUAGCGCAACUAGGUGAUCAUCAUCAAGAACUGCCCAACAAUCCUGAAAGAUUUGACUCACUGGCUAUUGUACUGGGACGUGAAGAAUUCAAGGAGGGACGGCAUUUCUGGGAAGUCACUGUAGGGACUAAGGAAGAAUGGGCAGUGGGGAUUUCCCGAAAGAGCGUGAAGAGGAAGGGUACGUUCUCCUUCAUUCCAGAAGAAGGGAUCAGUAUGCUGGGAAGGUGGGGAGGUACGUACCAGUUCUCCAUCCCACCUAAUCCUCUUCCUCACUUCCCGGACAAGAAAUUAAAAAGGAUCCGGGUGAGUCUCAACUGUACUGCAGGGUGGGUUUCAUUUUUUGAUGCAGAGAGAGGAACUCUGCUCUAUUCAACAACUUCAUUUCCUGGAGAGAUCCUUCUUCCCUUCUUUUGGCUGGGGGCCUACGCCCAGCUGAGGGUCUGCCAAUAAGACCUCCCAGUGACCCCUGCAAGAAUUCCAGUUGUUGGAACGGAACUUGGUUUCCCCUCUUUGCAGCUGGUUUCUUCAAUGUUCAGAAAGAACACAUCAAGUGCAUUCAGAUGACACAACAAAGCAUUAAUAUAAUUUAUGGUUUGUUUUAAGCACACUGUGCCACCUGUUGGCUACUUCCAAGCACUAACAAGUGGACAGCCUCCCUAUUAACAAAUCUGAAUCACUUCUGCCCCUAGACAUUUGUUUGAGCACUCCUUAAGCUGUCUCCCCAAACGUCCGACGGUGUGUCCUUAUUUUAUUAAGGAUAUCAAAUGCCAUUUCAGGAUAGAAAACCCAACCGAGGUAUUUAUUCUUUUAAACAAGUACUAACAAUAAAACCAGAACAUCUUUAUUACGGUCACGGACCAGAAACAUAUUCAGUUGUGUAAUAGAAUGUGUAGCAUUCGAACACAAAUAUUUGUGAUUAAAUUAGGUACAUUAAAUUAACAUUUCUGAUUACAUUAGGUACAAAUAAAAGGAAAAAUGGUGCAAUGACCUGCAAGUGCUAGACUGCAGAAAAAUGAAAUACUUAGGAUCAGUCACUACAUGAUUACAGUAUUUUGCAAAUGCACAAAAGGCCAUACAGAAUAGAAGAAUAUACAUGAUAUAAACACUUAGAUACGAGUUGCCAAAUUGCAUCUUUUGUUUUUACUUAGGUUAAUUAAUAAUUGUCUGACCCUAAAAUCAAGACAAAGCAGGUCCAUAAGAAAGAAAGCUGUACUGUAUCAACUUCAGUAUAGUGAUACUGAAUCAACCUCCGUUAAAACCCUCUCUCAUAUUGGCUCAGGUUUUAGAGGUGGUCUAUUCCCCAUAAUACAAAACAUUCCAGUGAGUUGGCCUCUGUUAGGAUGGCAAUUUAGAAGGCAUCUCUCACCAUCUGCUCAACUGCCAACUUAUUCUCCUGCAUGUAGUCAAUAUUUAGAACUUCUGAAACGGAAGAUAUUCUGGACAGGUUCCUGUGAACCUGAAUGGUUACUGAAAACACAGUAGACCGAGACGGGCAGAUUUUGCCCAAGCUGCAGCUGAACGUCGUAGACGUUUCCUCCAUGGUGUCAUUAAAUGAACAUGGUUUUCUUGUAACAAUUUUUAAUGGCUAUUGACCUGAUUUUAUAUACUGUUAAAUUUUGUUUAUUAAUUACGGUUUACUGUUUUAUUGUGUGCCAAUAUACAUUAUGUUAUAGUGUAUAUUAUAAUAAGGAAUUAAAUGAUGAUGAUUCCCUAGAAGAGCAGGUGAACAAAAUGCUUGGUCAGCUUUCCAUUCUUUUCUCUCCCCCUUAUCUUCUGUCAGCUGGGUGUAUCUUGUUCUGGACUGCAAGUCUCUUACGAUUAAGCAGGAACAUUUAUCAAGGGAUAUCAUAGCUUUUGCUCCAGUUUGCACAAUAUGAUCUUGAUGUAGCCGAUGCUUUCCAGUCUUGUAAGGCUGUCAGGAGAGAAAGGAAGUGAAAAACUCGUGGAUAUGUUGGGCCAUUCCUGGUUUAUCAUCAUCACAAAGUUCAUUUCAUGCCAGCUUCCACUUAAGACAAUGAAUUAUCUACCAUCUCUAACUGGAGUUGAUGGCAUCCAUGACAGUUUAUUUUAGAUUUGCUCUGGGGUCCAUUCAUUCUUAGAUUUCAAGCAAGUCAUUGCUAGGAUUUAAGAUAAUAAUAAUAAUAAUUUAUUAAAUGUAUGCUGUCUGACUACCAAUGGCUCUGGGUGACUCACAACAAUCAAACAAAUUACAAUAAUACCAGUAGAAGAUAAAAGAUGGGAAGUGCAACAGGCCAGAUGGAGUGAAGUGCGGGGUCUCACUCUCUCUUGCCAAAGACAGGUAGUCCUUGCAUAAUGACCACAGUAGGGACUGGAAAAUUUGUUGUUAAGUGGUGUGGUUGUUAAG